CCCGUCCAGUACCAGGUGUCUGUCCCUGUCCUGCACAAGCUGCAGGAAGUCCUCAAAGAUCUGAUGGUGCAAGGUCUGACCUGGAAGGACGACGUCACCCAGGCGAUCAUCAGCCGCGAGCUGAGUCACGUUCCCACGGUCGGCUCGUCCUCCAAACUUCACGAGAAGAUGCCAAAACAGUUAUCCGGACUGUCGGGCCCCAGUCAACGGAGGGUUCAGGGGCCCGAGGAGCUAGCUGACCCUGACAUGAUGCAGCAGUACAUGGACUACAUGAUCCUGGACCCCUCCCGAUCCUCCGUCCACAUGCAGACGCCCCUGUUGGACCCGUACACCUACCAUCAGCAGCAGUAUGGCUACCAGGAGGAAGAGGAGCGCUCCCUCAACUCUCUGGACGAUAACACCGCCUUCCCGCUCCUCACCUCCCCCUCUCGCUCCAGAUCUCGGGGAAACACUCUGGACAGAGACCGGCAGCUUUUACAGGACCUGGUGUCCCUCUACCUCACCUCCCCUUCUUCAUCCUCUUCAUCCUCUUCCUCCCCUGUGCAGUCUCUCCCAGGACACAGAGGGGCGGUAGCAGCAGGGUUUCCCUCCUCCUCAUCCUCCUCCUCGUCCUCCUCCUUCUUUCCGGAGCUGGACUAUGAUGAGGACUACAUUUCCCAGGUGGCUCAGCUCAGCAAGCAGCAGCAGGAGCAGGCGGAGAAGAAGGCGCAGGAGGAGUACGACGCCCUGUCAGGACUGGAUGAGCGCUCUCUGCAGAGGCUGGCUCUGCUGCUCGACCACUACGGCCUCGACAUGAAGGAUUUGUCCCCCGAGCAGAGAGACAACCUGCCGGCCGCUCUGAAGCAGCUGCAGCUGGAGAGCUCUUACGCUCACAAACAAACCAAAGAUAAAUAUGGGAAUGACGCUGCUGUGGGAAAGAAGGUCUCAGAGGGUUCGAUGGCGUAUAAGGUGGCCACAGCCGAGGCUCCGCCCUCCACCAACAAGCCACCAAAACCAGAAAAAGCUCAGCAAGAGUCGACUCCCGCUGCGGCAGCCAAAGAUGACGCAGCGGCCAACGCAGAGGAGUACGGCUACAUCGUCACCAAUCAGAGCCCCCUCAGUCUGAACGACGGGGUGCGUCUGCUGGAGCUGCUGUCAGAGAGGAUCGGCCUCUCCACCGGCUCCGUCAUCAGCAUCAGCGUUGUCGGCCCUUCGAUCACCUUCAGGAUCAGACCGAACUCCAAGAACCUGACGGCCGGAGAGGUGGCGGAGAAAGCCGUUGCAGAGAAGAACUUCCUGGAGUCUGAGACAGGCCUGAAGGUGCUGCAGAGCGGCGUCGGAGAGAGGAAUGAUGGGAAGGCGUUGCCCCUGGCGACCCGAGUCCAGCCCAGUGGCUCCCGCUGGGUGUUUGCCGCGCUGGUGGCCAUGGCCUGCAUCGGCAGCAUCCUGGUGGCGACCAUGACCAUCGCCUGCUUACGUCACCACGCCCACCGGCUGGCAGCGAAGAAACUGGGUCUGGGACCAGAGGGGGGCAGUUUCACUCACCAGGAGUACCAGGACCUGUGUCGCCAGCACAUGGCCUCCAAAGGCGCCUUCGGACGCCUGGAAGCAGCUGCCCUCGGCGCAGUGGGAGGAGCGAGCGGAGGAGGAGGUGCAGGAGGAGGAGGAGGUGGAGCUGGUGUUGGUAGUGGAGGAGCAGGAGCAGCAGGGGGAGGAGGCGCCGACUCGAGGGUGAGCAGCGUGUCGUCCCAGUUCAGCGACGGAGCCCAACCCAGUCCGAGCUCGCACAGCAGCACGCCGUCAUGGUGCGAGGAGCCAGCCCAGGCCAACAUGGACAUCUCCACCGGUCACAUGAUACUGGCCUACAUGGAGGACCACCUGAGGAACAAGGACCGUCUGAUGAAGGAGUGGGAGGCUCUGUGUUCCUACCAGGCCGAGCCCAGCGCCGUCUCUGUGGCUCAGAGCGAUGCCAAUGCCAAGAAAAACCGCUGCCCCGACUCUGUGCCCUAUGACCACUCCAGGGUGAAGCUGAAAGCAGAGAUUAACCCUUCUCGCUCUGACUACAUCAACGCCAGCACCAUAAUUGAGCACGACCCCCGGAUGCCGGCCUACAUCGCCACACAAGGCCCUCUGUCGCACACCAUCUCUGAUUUUUGGCAGAUGGUGUGGGAGAACGGCUGCACUGUGAUUGUGAUGAUGACCGCUCUGGUGGAGGACGGAGAGAAACAGUGUGACCGCUACUGGCCUGACGAGGGCUCGUCCCUCUACCACAUCUACGAGGUGAACUUGGUGUCGGAGCACAUCUGGUGUAACGACUUCCUGGUGCGAAGCUUCUACCUGAAGAACGUGCAGACGCAGGAGACCAGGACGCUCACUCAGUUUCACUUCCUCAGCUGGCCGGCUCAGGGCAUCCCCACCUCCACGCGCCCGCUGCUCGACUUCCGCAGGAAGGUGAAUAAGUGCUACAGAGGACGGUCCUGCCCCAUCAUCGUGCACUGCAGUGACGGGACUGGCCGGACUGGGACUUACAUCCUCAUUGACAUGGUUCUCAACCGGAUGGCAAAAGGUGUGAAAGAGAUCGACAUCGCUGCGACGCUGGAGCACGUCCGAGACCAGAGGCCUGGGAUGGUCCGCACCAAGGACCAGUUUGAGUUCGCCCUGACCGCCGUCGCCGAGGAGGUCAACGCCAUCCUCAAAGCUCUGCCCCAGUGAAACCAGUACGACCCGGACCAGCCUCCUGUCUGUCUGACCCCCUCCUGUCUUACCUCUCGCCUUUUCUCUCUCUGAUGACGAUGAUGAUGAUGAUGAUGAUGAUGAUGAAUGGCGCUGUGCUUCUCUCUCUGCCCGCAGGGCGACUCCUUGAAACAUAAAAGUGAUAGUCAAACUUAAAUUAAUCUCUUUAAAUACAAAUGGCCUAAACAAUCCCAUAAACAGAAAGCGAGUACUUCAAAAACUUAAGGCAGAAGAAGGAGAGAUCAUUUUUCUUCAGGAAACACAUUUGAAAAAGUAGAACAUGCUAAAUCGGGUAAACCGGCUUCAGCCCAAGUGUUUUCUUCCUCCUAUACUUCAGCUAGAAGAGGAGUGGCAGUUUUUAUUAAACAUAGUUUUGUUUUUAGUAAAGAAAAAUGCAUCAGAGAUAAGGAAGGAAGGUCUGUGUUUGUCACUGGGGAAACUCUUAUUAAUGUAUAUAAUCCAGCGGGGAAAGACAAAAAAAAUACUCUCACUGAUAAUGACGGAGGCAAAAGGGAAGAGUAAUUAUAGUGAUGAAUCCGAAAGUGGAUACUUGGAGUAUUGGGAAGCAUAACUCACAACAGGCAGCAGGGUUACUGAGGAAAGCUCAAACAGAACUAGGAUUAAUUCGAUUUCUGGCGUAACUUGCACCCCCAAGAAAAGACCUUCACUAUUUACUCUGAGGCACAUAAGGUCUUUUCGAGACUAGAUUAUUUCUUUAUGUUUAAAAAUGAAAUUUCAAUGGUCAAAAAAUGUGAAAGUCUGCCCAUUACUGUAGCAGAGCAUUUCAGAGGAGAAACUUUAUGGAGAUGAAACAAUGCCCUAUGAGGCGACCAGUAUUUUAAAGAGAAAAUUAAAAGUGAUAUAAAAAAUUAUUUUGAGAUGUUACGGGCACUGGCGUCGUCUUUGGUUGUUAUGUAUAUGAGGCUUGUGGCAGUCUUAGAUUAUUUCGGCAGUGUGACUGGUGAUGGUGACAUCCUCGGAGCUUCGCCACGUCAUCGGGGAUUCCUUUCUCUCGUAUUCUGGGGUGUCCCUCUGCCUGCAGCUCGUUUCUCCCCCUCCUGUUGCACGGUUUCCUGCCGUCCAUUUGGGUUCUGCCACUUGUCCCUCCGUCCUUUCGAUGAGUGCUUGCUCCAAACGUGUGUUUUCCUGGUGACUAUUUAAGUCCGCCGUAACUUUGCCAGUGGCGGCUAUGAUUUCAUGUGAGCAGUCCGCCUCUGUGCUGUGUGCUCUGUGUAACUGUUGUUUGCUGUGGGUUGUGUUGGUCAGCUGGAUUGUUGUACAUGUUGACUGAUGGGAAGCAGUCGAGGUGUAAAGGAGCUGGGCUAUAGAGUAGUUUUUGUGUUUUCUUUUGUUAAUAGUAGCCUACAUACUCUGCUGUUGCACCACACCGUAGAAAAACUGUAUAGCACACUAGGUGUUAUGGGUGGCUGCAUCUCUGUGUUUUGUGACAUAGUAAAAGAACAGAGUAGACAGGUAAGCUUUUUCCGUAUUAGUUUAGACUGUGGGUUGGAUCGGGUAGAUACAGUUUUCUUUUGUUUGUUUUAUUGUUUGCUGUCACCCUUUGCCCUCUCCUGGUGUUCACGUGUUGCUUGCCACUACUGUUUCGCAAAACAUCUAAACAAUAAACGGCUUUCCAGCCUGUUUACCACCACAUUGUUACCUCCUUUGUCCCUAGACAUAACAUCUGUGGGUCGUAACGUGAGAUAAAUGAUAGUGGAGGAGUGGCACUAGUAAUACUUUGGGAAGCUACGAAGACAGCAAUAAGAGGUGAAAUAAAGGCACAGAGAAAGGGAAAAGAUAGCACUGGAAAACAAAAUACAAAUAUUGCAAGAAGUUGAACAAUAGUCCAAAAGCACUUAAGAAAUAAGCGAUUAAAUUCAGGAAACUGAGAGAAAAAGCCACAAUCGUUGAAAAUUAGAGCCUUGAGCUGAAUGCAUUAGGAGGAAUGGGAGAAUAAAAUGAUUUUCAAUAAAGCUCUGUAUGCAGAUGAUAUCAUAGUGUACCUUGCACAUAUAUAUAAUCCACUACCUGUACUAUUAGAUGUAAUUUCAAAUUGUUGAGCUCUGUCUGGCUAUAAGUUAUGGAAGUUGGGAUCCUUUUGACGGACGAUUUUAAAAAACAAUAUGACUUUAAAUGGAGCAGAAACACAGUGAGGUACCUGGGUGUUAG